AUGAUUAACGAACAAGAAGUUUCUUUUACUGAUUACUUCAAUUUUGAUAAAGCUGAAAUGUACGACGAAUCAUUUCUAAACUUAGAUCAAAACGAUCAAGAUGAUGAUGGUCAUAAUAAUUCACCUCAAUUACAAACUCAAUCGUCACCGGAAACAAAACAUCUGGAAUAUAAAGACGCUUUGGAAAUUAAAAGAAAAAUGUGUCCGAAAUUCACGAACCCAGAUUGCAAUUUAUUAAAUUGGACCUUUGUCCAAAUUGACGCGCCAUUAUAUUUUAAUUAUGAUACCGCGGACGGAUGUUUUCAUUACGAAGGCUUGCCGACUGAGCUUUUAUUUAACUUCAAUCAAGGAUAUUAA